CCAUUCUGUUUCUACAACGCGAACGCGGCGAAACACCACACAAUGGGCGAUAACGUGGACUUGGAGAAGUGCUUCGAAGUCAUUAGCAACGUCGUGACAGAGGCUGGACGCUUGAUUGCCCGCAACAAUGAGACGCGUCAAGAGUUUGUGUGCAAGAGUGGAGAUAUUGACUUGGUCACCCAGACGGACAAGGAUGUGGAGAAGCUCCUAAUGGAUGUCGUUCGUCGGCACUUUCCCGACCACAAGUUUAUUGGCGAGGAGGAGAGCAGCACUGGAGCCGGUGUUAACAAGCUUACCGAUGCGCCCACCUGGAUCAUUGAUCCUGUGGAUGGUACCAUGAAUUUUGUUCAUGCUUUUCCCCAUUCAUGCAUCUCGGUCGGUCUGAAGGUUAACAAGGUAACGGAGAUCGGCAUGGUGUACAAUCCCAUACUGGAGCAGCUCUUCACAGCCCGUCGUGGUCAUGGCGCCUUCUACAACGGACGUCGGAUCCAUGUGAGUGGCCAGCAGGAGCUGGGCAAGGCUCUGGUUACCAGUGAGUUCGGAACCACUCGCGACGAGGCCAAAAUGGAGGUGGUUAACGAGAAUUUCGCCAAGAUGGCCAAGCAAGUGCACGGUUUGCGCGUCCUGGGCUCUGCUGCCCUGAACAUGUGCAUGGUGGCUCUGGGCGCCGCAGAUGCCAAUUACGAGUUUGGCAUCCAUGCCUGGGAUGUGUGUGCCGGCGACUUGAUAGUGCGCGAGGCGGGCGGCGUUGUUAUUGAUCCCGCUGGCGGAGAGUUUGACAUUAUGUCACGUCGUGUUCUGGCCGCCGCCUCGCCCAAGCUGGCCCAGGAUAUCUCAAAGGUGCUCACUCAGUUCCAUCCCCAGCCUCGUGACGACUAGCCAAUCUACUUGUAAAUGGUAAAUCCAUUCCGUACUAACUAAUAUGCAUUUGAAUUAUACCGACCGUGUACCUAAAACUAUAAUGCGAAAUUGUUUACUCAUGAAAAAUUCCAAAUAAAACUCAUGUAUAGAGUAAUCUAUAUUAUCAACAUACAUA